AUGAAACCAAAUGCUUUCUCACUUUCAAUGAACGCCAAAGUAGAGCCGGACUUGGCCAACGUUAUUCAAUGGCUUCAUGGGAAUCGUCCCGACAUCCAAUUCGCUAUGUAUUUCGACAGAAAGCUUUUCGAAGAGGCUAACACCUUCCAAGAAGCUCAACAGUUCAUCUACAACGUUCCACUUCUAUCUGGAGCGUACUUCAUCUUGGGAGGCAACAAGCCAGGAGAGGGCUCCGUCAUCGUUCGCAACACAACGAGUGUCCAGUUUGAACGCAAGCUCUUCGAUGGAGACAACGACUGGUUUGUACUACAGACCAACUACGACCCCGACAAGAAUCCACUGUUCAUUGACGAUCGUCGUGAUCCUGGCAAUGCUUGCAUGAGACAGCUGGGUCAAAACAGAACUAGUGCAGAAGGAUUGUAUCAAGUACUCAAAUCAAAGCCGCUUCUCAACAAAACCACAGUGCACACAGUGAUUAUGUCAGUCACUAAGAACAUCUAUCAGACGUUCAUUCAGACCUGUCCGAAUCCAUGUUGGGCAUUUUAA